AUGGCUUCUUACUCUAACAGAAGCCUACUCAUACCUGAAUCAGCUGCUGAAUCACCACCUUCUCAUCUGACCUGGUUUUACCCUGAGGAGCUCUUUGCAUCACCGAAAUCAAACUCCGGUUCGUCGGAUGGAACCCAACUCAGCCAUGAACCAGGUUCGUCUGUUGCUCCUAUAAGUGCCAUUCCAGCACCAGUCGAGCAGCCGGUGAAGGAAGAGAGCUCGAACAGUAAAACUUCAAAGGCUAGGAAAGCUACUUCUAACAAAGCUCAUUCCAAGGCAUUGAAACCAAAGCAGUCAAAGAAGAUGAAGAAGAAGACAAGCUCUUGUCCUGAAGCCAAGCGUGAGAAGAAGGACCUGAACGUGGAUUUCCAUCAAUCGGACUUUGAUUUCUCUGGUGUGCCUUCCCCAGUUUGCUCUUGCACUGGUGUCCCUAGAGUUUGCUACAAGUGGGGCGCUGGUGGGUGGCAAUCCUCUUGUUGUACUAUAAACAUUUCCGAAUAUCCUCUGCCUAUGAGUUCCACGAGGCCUGGUGCUCGUGUCGCUGGGAGGAAAAUGAGCAACGGGGCUUACACGAAGCUCCUGCACAAACUGGCAGCCGAAGGCUGUGAUCUGUUUUGUCCGGUGGAUUUGAAGGAUCAUUGGGCUAGACACGGCACUAACAAGUUUGUUACAAUCAAAUAG